AAGGGCACAAACAGUUUGUUGCCUUCUGACCGGGCAAGUCGUACACCUGAUUCUAGUGUUGCCGCUAGAAGCUUACCCACUCCGGUUCGGAGCUUACGCUAUUGGUAUGGACACCGAAUGGAAGGCACUCGCAUCUUAUUCAGAAGAAGAAAUUGAGACUGUGGACUCUCCUUUUGUUAUUAUCACGCUUCAAUGGGCAAUGGCAACAGAAAAACGACAGAGCAACUUUGCCAUGUCUUCUACUUUGGAAGGAGAAACUACGGACCUUGAGUGGGACUUCAAUGUGGCAACGAAAUCACCGGCAUUUAGUGAACCCAAAAUCAGGAGGAAAACAGCAGAAGAGAAAAUUACUGUCAAUGAAGGAGGAUUGCAAUCAAUAGCUUUGCCGUGACCUACUCCUCUCAGCACGGAGGCGAGAUUACUGUGUGAUUGAGCAUCCCAUAACACAGCUGGAUAUAAUGAAACAGCUGCAGCUCUCAAAAGUCAAAUUGGCCGCCUGCAAUUCUUCUUCCUCUAGUUCAUCCUUCCUUUCAAUUCUCACUGAAUGGAGAAGAGGGACGUUCUAAUACGAGUCGCGAAAAUCGAAGGAAGGAUGGGGCAUGCUGCCAAGUUGGGGGCAGAUUCUUGAGCAUCACUGGACAGCUUUGUAUAUGUGCUUCGCACUUUUCUGUGGGACAGAAACUUCUGCUUUGUAGCUAUAUCUCAAGCGCGCAAGCAUUAAGAUUUGCUGCAGGAGGGACGCGAGUGCCUCUGACCAGAGUGCCUGCGGGACAGGCAGAUCAAAGCCGUGCAUUGCAUAAUUGCUUGCAGCUAUGCGGGCCCCCAGAUUGUUACCCUCUUUCCAGCUCCUUUUGUUUCUCCUCCUUGCCGCAGCUUCCACUUCAGAAGGUCAAUCAGCGCCCUCAGCAGAGCCUGCAGCUACCUCAGUGCUUACAACAGCCCCUCAGACACCAGUCCUGACAGUACCGGCAGCGACGCCCACUUUGACAUCCACCCCUCCGCUCGCAACACCCUUGUCUGAAACAGAGCCACCUGCCACAACCACCCCACUUGGCACAUCAGCCCCCCCUACUCCCGCAGUGCCAGAAGUUCCCCCCACUCCAGUCCCUGUUGUUCUAGCCACACCCCCGCCUCUUAUGGAUCCUUCACCUGCCCCCCUCAUAGCAACAGCCAGUCCAGCACCCACCAGCUCUGCCGUGCCACCUGUCACGAGUCCCACUGAGGCUGCCAACCCUCUUCCAACAACUGGGGUUGCUGUUCCCCCGGCUCUGCCACCAGCGACUUCAUUGCCACCCAGUGCACCAACCAACGUCUCUCCAAAGCUGGCUCCAAAUCCAGGCGCGGCCACCAUUGGAAGCCUCAUUUUCGCAUCACCCCCAAGCACGAGCCUGGGGCCUGCACCGUCCACCCUCAACGUGUCAUUGACAAACAUAAGUCUGGCGCCAUCUCUCAGCUCCCCCAACCACAACACCUCUUCCAACGUCACAUUGGCGCCCUUUUCCAGUGCUCCCAACUGGACCAACUCGUCAAACACCACAACAGCACCCUCCAUCAGCCCCCUGAACCGGUCCAACUCUUCUAAUGUCACGCUGGCACCUUUUCCUUCGGGCCCAAACCUAACCAAUAUCACAAAUACCACUGCGAGUCUUGCCCCCAGCCCGGCGCAGGCAGUACUGUACGCCCCAGCGCCCGCACCUGGGAGAAUCAAUGUAACCCUGGCUCCUGGUCCAAGUCCCGACGGAGCACGCCCUUCAAACACGUCUCCGGCGCCCGCUCCGGCGCAAAAUGCAAGUGUUGGAAAUUCUAGCCAGAGGGUACAGAAUACUACAAUCUUUGUGCCUGGCAGACUGGAAGUGGCCCCUUCUUCCCAGUUGCCGCGAGGGUCGGGCAACGUGCGGUCUGUGGCGCCAACCGCAAACUACCAGAUGAGGUUUUCCACAGCUGUUCCGCAAAAUAUGGGGAGCGUACUGCAGGGUUCCCCACAAGCAAAUUUUACGAACCAGUUGGAGUCGGUGGUCCAAUACCAUCUGGAUCCUGCAUCGGGGCAGCAAUGCGGACAGUCGUGCGUGGCGUUCUGCCAGCUAGAUGACGAUUCUGCUAAAGAGUGCGGGAAAGCAGACGCGAGUGCUGCAACAGGCCGCUUGAGCGACGGUUACCACCGCAUGACCGUCCGCUACUAUGCUACGCGUAAUGCCAGCGAGCCGUUUGCAGUGUACAGCACCUUCUUCCUUGUUGAUUCCGUCCCCCCCACCAUCUCGAUUGCGCUCCAAGCCGCGGAUGGAGAGGCGAGAGUCUUCGAACAACUCCGCCAUGGACAACCGACCCUGUUUGUUUUCUGGGACUCGCUCGAGCCAUUCCCAGGGCGCGCUGUCUUAAGCGAGCCAAUUGAGCCAUUCAGCGAGGACUCAUUACUUGUGGAAGGGGGAACGCUGGUGGGAUGGCAGAGGGAAGAGUCACUUGCUUCGGGGGGCACACGGAGGCUGUUGCAAGAGGGGGGUAACUCAAGCGCGGUCGCAUAUCGAUUCCAGGUGUUCCCUUCCGGGGUGGGCCCGUCCUUGAUCCGAGUCUCUGCACGACCCGGGGCUACGGACCGGGCUCUGAACCCCAUGCAGCUGACCGGCGAGUCUGAGUACACCGUGUAUUUUGACGCACGACGUCCCAAGGCCUUGCUGGCGCUCGUGGUCACCGGCCCAGCUGGUGUGACGUCACUGUCGAGCGCCCCUGAGCUGACAUCAAACAGCGUUGUGGCAGUCCUGCUCUCCUUCGAUGAAAGAGUCUAUGGUUUCUCCCCGAGCUCUUUGAACAUCACCAACGGGACACUGACCGCGUUUGGACCCGAGGAGGCCAUUGAGUCGGGCGGCUCCUCGUAUGCCCUCACCAUAGCCAUCGACCCGCUUGGAAACCUGCUCAUUCAGGCGCCUGAGAACAUCACCUUCAACGCAGUAGGCAAGGGGAACGAGGCGUCCAAUCAAUUGCAGGUCCAACACUAUGUGAAAAACGAGAACCUGGAAGCUGGGAUCCGUGCGAUGGCCGCUGUUUCGCUGGGCUUACUGGCGACCAGUGCUGGGGUGUCGGCAUCCGUGAGCUUCAUGACCGCCGCCGCCAGCAUCACGACAUUCGCUGCGCGCCAGAACCUCCAAGCGCCGUUGCCAGCGCCCUACCUGGAUGCGAGCUCGGGCCUCUCAUUUUCGCUGUUCAACUGGCCCUGUCCCUUCGACGGUCUCAUACCGACAGCUUCAGCUCUCGACAACCUACUGCCGGGAAACAGCGGCUCCCCAGAGCCACAGGCGCCGUUUGAAAGCCGCACGCUCACUUGGGACAAUGGAAGCGUUCCGGUCCGCCUGACGGUGCUCAGUCGAGCAACGGUGGAGACGGUUCCGUUCAAUGCGAGCGUGGAGGCGGAUCCGAGUAUGUACGGCGCGGAACUGACGGUGAACGCGGACAGGCGGGCUCUUCUUGCAGAAAAUGACGGAUUGCGCGCCCUGGUCCGAGCAGUCUUUUGGGUUCUCACCAUCCUAGUUUUGAUGGUGCUCUUCCACUCCAGCAAAGCGCUCGCAGCCUGGUGUUUGAGGCGCCACAUCGCUCCCUCCCUCUUCGUCUUUCCCGGGCCCGAGCUCAUCUUUCUGACCUUUGCAACCCUGCCGCUGACGCACCUGUGCGUCAGAGCGCUGACAGGUGGAACGAUGGCGGCCAUCGUGCUUGCAUCGGUUGUUCUCACCUGCAUCGCCGCCCACCUCGUCUUCCUUACCGGUAUCCUUUGGAUACAUGUCGUGAAUAGCAAGUCGGUUGCGUUCGUCAGAGAGGACUCCGAUGACGACACCCGCUCUUGCUUCCGCGCCCCGGUGCACGGCACGUGGCAGGUUGUUGACCCCUCGGAAGGGAAUCUGUUCGUGGCAAAGUACGGCUUCUUCUAUACCGACUUUGCCGGACGCCCCUCGAAAUUGCACUUGAACAACAGAAGCUUCCGCACUGAUUUAGAAUCAGUUCAACUCGAUCACAACGACAGGGACCUGGCCGUCGAAAGUGCCAAUGCCAAGAUGGAUCCGCCAGCAAGGGCAAUGGUGCCUGGGUCAGUUAAGCUCACAUCGAGCACCGCUGUAGAAGAAAACGGCCGCUCGUACUUCACGGAUAAGGAGGAGGUUGCGGAAGAAGCGAGACUGGCGCUCGAGGAAGGGGCUGAGAACGCGAGACGCGUGGUGCGCCGCGUCGGACGCUUCGGACCGAGCGCCGACCUGAGGCCGCUUUGGAAGGUGGUGUAUCUGCUGAUUGUGUUGGUCGAGAUUUCCAUGCUCGGUGCGACCAAAGGCAUCCGAGCCUCGUACUGGCAAGUAGGGGUGUCGUUCUCUCUACGGCUGGUGCUCGUGAUGCUGCUAAUCCUUUUCAGGCCCUUCCGCGCAACGAGGCUACAGCUGGCGGAGGUUCUCAGCGCCAUGUGCGAAUUGGGAGUGGUGCUCUCUGCGCUGGCACUGCUGAUCAGACAGAACGUUCGAAGCCCGGCUGGAAAGAUGCGGACGACGCAGUCCGCCAUUGGCUACGUCAUGGUGGGCCUCCAGGUGGCGGCUGUUGUCAUCUCAGUGGUUAACUCAGUCAUCACCGUCAUAAAGGAAGGAAUUGCCCGCGCAAGGGGUGGCUUCCAUUCCAACCCGCUCUAG